UGCAACUUCACCACUGACACACAACUAAAGUCGUAAAGGACAAACAGAGGAACAAACUCAUAGAGGCGCGCACAGAGUUUCCAGCAGCGACCGUUGCCUGCAGAAACGCGGAAUCCUCAAGACUAUGGACAGAAGGAUGAACUUGAACGGCAGCGAGGGGGACAUUUUUCACAAAACUCUCAGCGCCGUGUCCACUAAAAAAAUUGACCCUUUCAGGUCGUCCGCCGGCAUCGAACUACCAGCCAGAGACCGCCAGUCACCGAUCAGCUGCUUUGAUCAGACCGAUCAGGACUCGAUUCAGCCGGGAGGACUGGCAGGAGGUAGAGGGGGGCCACUUGGUCUGCCGACCGGAUCUUUGUGUGUCAAUUUCGGUGAGAGCGCCAGCAGGACCUCGGCGGCGGAGAGCAGCGGCGGUGAGAGUCCCGACGAUGACAGUGACGAGAGGUGUGACAUGGUCCUUCUGACAGACGGGCGGUCAGUGGCCGUGUCGAAACCAGGAGGUAAGAAAAACAAAGAGCAGAAAUCACUGAGGCUGAACAUCAAUGCCAGAGAAAGAAGACGGAUGCACGACCUGAACGACGCGCUGGAUGAGCUCAGAGGGGUCAUCCCUUACGCGCACAGCCCGUCUGUGCGUAAACUCUCCAAAAUUGCCACUUUGCUGCUCGCCAAAAACUACAUCCUCAUGCAGGCACAGGCACUGGAAGAGAUGAGGAGGCUAGUAGCGUAUCUCAACCAGGGCCAAGCCAUCUCUGCUGCCUCGAUACCGGCCACCACUGCCCUCGCAGCUCCGGGCUUGGGCGCGUACGACCAGCCGCCUGGAUUUCCCUUCCCAGCCGGGGUAGCUGCGUCCUCCUGCCCCAAUAAAUGUGCCCUAUUCAACAACGCCACCUCCAGCCUCUGCAAACAGUGCACUGACAAGCCUUAACUGCGUCUGGCAAAGACUCAGAGAAGCACAGGGAUAUCGGACACCACCUUUAAGAACACUUUUGGAGAGAGAAACCUGUGAGGCUCCUGUUGUUGAAGUCAGUAGGCUAGAGACAAAGAAGUAAUGCCGAUGAAUACUUUUAUAAUAUUUACUAAAUGCAUUCAAAACGCGCUUUUUUGUUUAAACAAUACUUGAUUAUGUAUAUAAAUCAUCCUUUAAGUGCUGGUAUGAAUGACAGUGAAGACCAAACACAAGUACAGGCCUGAGUGUGGCUUCAAGUGUUGAGUGAGUUGUGGAUCACUUGCCCUGUUAUGGAACCUUUUGGAGAUUUGAGUGACCUGACAACCUGCGACUUUUUCACUUAAAUAGAUGGACACCUUCCUGGAGCGUUAGUCCAACUUUCUGCUGCUUCCUUAUUUAUUUUGCGGGUUUUCUUUCAUUCACCUCAGAGACACUUGCUGUUUGCUUCCUGGUGCAAGGCCUGUUUUCAUGAACUUUUCUAUUGAGCACGUGGAAUGUCAUGAACAAGGGAAAGUUAAAUGAAAUAGAUGAUAAAGAUGAAGUUAAGUCGUGUAAUCAGUCAGAUAUGUAUGUGCUAAUCCAGACACGUGUUAAUAGUUGCGCACGCCUAUUACAAUUAUUUUUUGGGGGCACUGUGAUAUAAUAAAAUGUCAGAAAACCUGAUUUAUGGUGUUUCAGGUGUUUCGGGUGUGUCUUUUGUAAUUUAUUAAUUUGGAUGGUUAUAUUGGAUAAUUUGCUUGCAUUGCACAUUGUAGUGUUUAUCUUAGUUGUAUAUUUUGAGUUUUCUCUAAGAUAAUUGAGGUUUUCAGAUGAAUCGCGUUGUCAGGUCAAGAUGUGAAUUAUUGUAGAUACUUUAGUUAUUAUAUGAGCAAAGAGGGCCAUUUGUAUGUAUUUCAGUGUUGAAAAGCUUUAUUAAAAUAUUUUGAACAGAAAUACUUCU